AUGGAUAGGAAUGAAUACACCUGUAAAGCACCUAUGUUUGAUGGCACUAACUAUGCCUUUUGGAGCAAAAGAAUGGAAACUUACUUAUCCUCUUUAGGCUUUGAUGUCUGGAUGUCAGUGAAGAAUGGUUAUACUGUUCCUCAGGUUCCUCCUACCAACCUUGAUGUUAAAAGGGAACAUGAGAACAAUGCCAAAGCUAAGAAUACCAUCUUAAGUGAUAUGUCUGAUACAGAGUUUGUCAAAGUCAUGCAAUACACAUCAAUAAAGGAAACAUGGGAUAAGCUACAAAGUAUAUAUGAAGGAGAUGCCAAAGUGAAAGAAGCCAAACUGCAAAAUUUUAGAGCUCAGUUUGAAAAUAUGAAAAUGAAGGAUGAGGAGAAGAUAGCUAACUAUCCACAAAGAGUGGAUGAUAUUGUAAGUGCUAUAAUAGGACUUGAAGAGGUAUUCAAAGAUGAAGUUACUAUCAAGAAAGUUUUGAGAUCAUUAACCACAAGGUAUGACACAAAGGUAUCUGCUAUUGAAGAAGACAAAGAAUUAAAGACACUCUCAUUGGAUGAAUUGUUUGGCUCCCUAUCAACUUAUGAGAUGAGAACAAUUAGUGGUGAAUCGUCAAAGAGAGAGGUUGCAUUCAACAUAACCAAGAAAGGAAAAGAAGAAGAUGCUCAUGAAGAAGAAGACAACUUUGAUGUUGCUGUAGAAAUUUUUGUAAGGAAGCUCAAGAAAGGAUCAGGAAAAUACAAAGAAGAGGAAGUUGAAGCUGAGGUAGAUUUUGAAGGUGAACUUGUAAGUGCACUUGAAGAACUUUGGAAAGUGAGGAAAGAGUACAAAAUGGUUAAGUAUGCUGUUGCUAAAGAACAAGACAUAUUGAACAAAUGUCUUGAGGAGUUUGAGAAAAAAAUUUUAGAUCUGAGGACAUAG